UCGUUAAUAUUUCUGGAUUCACAUGGGUGAAGCAACCCAGUCUGAAGAAAUUUUUUUUGUGUGUGGGGGAAACCGGCUGUAGCGGACAUGUAGCUAGUGCAUUACGACCGCUCUGUGUUUGAAUCAAUCAUAAAUACUUUUUUUCUUACUUGAGUGUAUUUUAUCCAGUAAAUUGACGUAAAAGGACGGGGUUGCUAAGUUGCUCGCGUUCUAUCACUGUAGCUAGUUCGUGUGCGAUGAUUUAUCGGUUUAGCCAUCUUCCUAGCUGCUGACAGUGGUCUGAAGGCUGCUGUUCUUGUUGCGGUGGUGAGCUACCCGAAGAAGCGGCCCUGACCAUAACGUUAGCUAGCUGGCUUUAUCCAAGUGUCUGUUUGUCGACCUCCAAGUAUCUUUUAGUCGACCACCUCGGCCGUUGCAUUGGAUUGUCUGCGCAUUGCUGGCUGGCUAGCUAGCUACCUAAGGUCAGCUGGCUAAACAGAGCGGAAAGUCAUCUGUCAUAUGCAGAUAUGACAGCCAACUAGCUAGUUAGCCAGCUAACUUCUCUCUUUAUCCAUGGAAUACAAAUGGGUUUCUUUUUGGAGUAUGGACCUACGAUUGAUGGCGUGCCUUUGAGUCUACGGUAACCCACAAUAGUUGUAAUAAGAAAAGCAUCCAAUGCAAAAGUAUUGAAAGCAAACCUCCAUUAUGGAUUUCAGCAAAUCGUUGACCUUGUGGAUUGCAUGCUUAUGCCUCCUGAGGGAAAGCUGGAGGGUACAAGCCAGCUCAGACCACCAUCAUAUUGAUAAUGGUGUGUCAGAACUCUGUCGCAUCGAUGAGCCUCGGUGCCACGAUGAAAAUACCAUCCUCAGCUUCGAGGCCAUCCGCAGUAUCCACAAGCAGAUGGAUGACGAUGCUAAUGGCAAUGUGGAUGUGUCAGAGACGGACGGGUUCCUGAGGGAGGACCUGAACUACCACGAUCCCAAAGCCAAGCACAACAGUUUCCACGGAGACGACCAGUUCAUCAGUGUGGAAGACUUGUGGAAUACCUGGAAGGGUUCUAAAGUGUACAAUUGGACAGUGGACGAUGUGGUGUUGUGGCUCACCCACGUGGAGCUGCCGCAGUAUGUGGAUGCCUUCCGCAAGAUGCACUUCAACGGCACUAUCAUGCCCAGGCUGGCUGUGAAGAACGCCACUCUGACAGUGUCCAUUCUGAAGAUGCUGGAUCGCAGCCAUGUUCAGAAGCUGCAGCUCAAGGCCUUGGACACUGUGCUGUUUGGAGCCCCACUCAUGAACACUCAUAACCACCUGAAGGACUUCAUGCUGGUGGUGUCCAUAGUGAUCGGCAUUGGAGGCUGCUGGUUCGCCUACAUCCAGAACCGUUACUCCAAGGACCACAUGAAGAAGAUGAUGACGGACCUGGAUGGACUACAGAGGGCUGAGCAGAGCCUGCAUGAUCUGCAGAAGAAGCUGCAGAUAGCCCAGGAGGAGCACCGUACAGUAGAGGUGGAGAAGGUGAACCUGGAACAGAAGCUGAGGGAUGAGAUCAACUGUGCCAAGCAGGAGGCCCAGCGGCUGAAGGAGCUCCGCGAGGGCACCGAGAACGAGCUGAGUCGGCAGAAAUACGCCGAGGAGGAGCUGGACCAGGUGCGCAUGGCCCUGAAGAAAGCAGAGAAGGAGCUGGAGUCUCGCUGCAGCUGGUCCCCACCAGAGUCCCUCCAGAAGUGGCUCCAGCUCACCCAUGAGGUGGAGGUGCAGUACUACAACAUCAAGAAGCAGAAUGCUGAGAAACAGCUACUGGUGGCGAAAGAAGGGGCAGAGAAGAUCAAGAAGAAGAGGAACACCAUAUUUGGGACCUUCCAUGUGGCACACAGCUCCUGUCUGGAUAAUGUGGAUCACCAAAUUCUGACAGCCAAACAAGCCCUGGGUGAGGUGACUGCUGCUCUGAGGGAGAGGCUGCACCGUUGGCAGCAGAUUGAAAUUCUGACGGGGUUCACCAUCGUCAACAACCCUGGGCUCUCCUCCCUGGCCUCCACCCUGAACCUUGACCCCAGCAUCAUGGGUGGCCGGGCCACGCCCCAGCACUUCAUUAUGUCUGAUGACAUGGACGACAUGGACGAGGACAUCAUAUCGCCCGGAACUCUGCAAUCAGCUCCCAGUAUGAUGUCCCUGCGUCAGCGCCACAUGGACUCCCAGCUGGCCAUGGGCUCUCAGAGGGAUCUGAACCGCUCAGACUCAGACUCCUCCCUGUCCCUCUCCCAAAUCGGUGAUCGUCUGUCCGCCUACAGCUCCAAGGGCCACCUGGUGAAACCCACCCCCUUACUGUAUGGUCCCCCUGUCCGCUCCGCCUCCGACGAGCCCUCCCUGCAUGCCCACACACCUAAUGGAGGGAACCGUGUCCACGAGGGAGGAGCCCAGACCGAGCCAGUCCCCGAGAGCCCCAUCCUGAUGAAGAAGGUGUACAGCAUCGAGAAAUCAGCCAGCCUGGGAGAGAUGGACGUUGGCCUCAUCGGUAUGUCCAUGUCAGAGUCCUCCUGCUCCCUCAGCCUCAACUCAACUGAUGCCGACACCCCCUCCCCCACAGGGGGCCAGCCUUGGGCUGCAGGGGCCAAGGGAAGCAGCCGUAUCCCUCAACUCUCCUCCAAGAAGAGCCCUCUGGAGGAAGACAGUGGCUCCACGGGAGAAGACACAGACUCCGUCGCCAGCCGUAAGAAACACACCUUCAAGAUCUUCAAAAAACAGAAGAAAUAAUGACAAGGGCAACUGAAGACUUUUAAAGAGCUAUUAAAGGUGUUUCACUUAUUAUUAUUUCUGUUUUGGAAAACUUGUUUUGGGUUGUUCACUGGUCACAAGCGAUGGCGCAAAUCUUUGCCUUUAGGGUUUUCUAGGUACUUUCUCUGAGGGACUGUGGGAGCAAGCAGCUAUUCGAUGAUGUUUGUAAUGGGUGGUGUUGUAUAGUGGAAUGGAAGCACUAUUUAUUUAGCAGGAAAGUGUGCCAGUCGCUCAGAGGGAAACAAGUCUCCUGGAUGGAUGUCUUCUGUUUUACUUCAACCUGUAUCAGUUUGCAUGUCUUCACCUUUGUUUGACUGAUAUUUUCUGGAUUCUCUUAGGUGUGUGCUUGGUUCUUGUCCUUAUUCUGCUUAGACAACACUUAAAAAACUCAGCUGUUUCUUGUCGUUAAUCCCCGACCACCUCCUUGUUAUGUGUCAGAUGGACAUUGAGCACUUAAGGCCAGUCAGUGUUGGUCAAUGGUGAGGGGAAGGGAGGGAGGGAGGGAG